AGAAAGAUGGAGGAUUGGCUAUUUGGCUUAGGUGUGCGUAUAAAAGGUGUUUGGAACAAGUUUUGGCCUUGCAAUAUGAUUAUGUUAGCUUUCUUUCUUUCUCCUCUUUGGAUGUUGAAGCUUAGAAGUCAAAGUCAAAGUGAAUAUGCAGAAGGGCAGUCAAAGUCAAUAUGCAGAAGGACAUGGCCAUUCUCUAAACUUGGGUCCAGUAUUUCUGCUGAAGAAGAUAGAGGAUUUGGUGAAAUUAAUAGAUUGUCCAGAGGCUGCGAAAAAUUCAGCAAGGAUUUCCUUCAUAAUUCUCACUUCCAAGGAGUUUACUUUUCAAAAAAAGAAAACAACCAUCUGCAAACAGUAGAUGAGUUAUCUCUAGAGCUCCUCUAAGAGCAUCUCCAACGU